GCACUUGCAUUCUAAGUAGAAACAAAGAACAAGGAGAGUGAGAAUAACCAAGCUAAGUUGAGAUGGAACAAGAAGAAGUAGGAGAGGAUGCAAAAUGGGUAACCCAUUAUUGUAGUGAUCAUCAAAUAUUGUUGGUGGGUGAGGGUGAUUUCUCCUUCUCCCUUUGUCUGGCCAAGUCUUUUGCUUCUGCUUCCAACAUCGUAGCAACCUCUCUUAACUCAUUUGAUGAAGUUACAAAGAUGUACAAGAAUGCAAAGUCAAAUUUAGAUGACUUACAAAAUAUGGGAGCAUGCUUGUUACAUGGAGUGGAUGCAACCAAAAUGAAGCUCCAUUCAGAUUUAAAAAAGCAGAGGUUUGAUCGAGUUAUAUUCAAUUUUCCUCAUGCAGAUUAUUGGAAGGAAGAUGACCCAUUAAUUAUUAAGAUGCAUAAAGACCUUGUGCUUGGUUUCUUCAAGAACGCGAGUUGCAUGCUUCGAGCUGAUGGUGAAAUUCAUGUUAGUCAUAAAAUUACAGCUCCUUUUAGCAACUGGAACAUAGUGAAACUUGCUACACAAAGUUUUUUGACAUUGAUUGAGUGUGCUGAUUUUAAGAAAGAAGAUUACCUGGGUUACGACAAUAAGAGAGGUCAUGGCAAUAGAUGUGAUGAACCCUUUCCACUUGGUAAGUGCUGCACAUUUAAAUUUAUUUACAAUCCUAAAGCUACACGAAACCAUACGAAGAGAAAUCAAAUGGUGGUUACUAAACAACUGAAAAUUCUUCCAUUACAAGAGAUUAAGGAUGCUGUGGAGCUAUUGCCUACUUCAGUUCAUAACUUUUAUCCUCAUACAAGUCGCAUUCCAAAAAUGAAUGAAGUAGUAACAUCAAUAUUUGGCUUAACAAAUAGACACACUUCAAUCACUGGAGGCUACUUAAGUAAUGUGGGUGAAGUAUAUAGAAAAACUGCUCCUUCUGCUCUUCAUGGUGUGAACUUAGGACCUCAAAGAUCAUUGCAACCAAUGGAGCCAUUGCAAUCUUUGCAACCAUGGCCACAAUCAACUAAUGUUAGAUAUUCUGAUACAGACCGUGUUAGAACAAUAGAUACUAUUCCCUUAUCACUUGGUGCUAGAAAUGAAGGCUAUCAUGUCUGUGGUGGAAGCUCAAAUUAUUUGCAAGAAGCAUUUGGUAGAACAACAGCUCAAACGGCAAGUUAUUCUUUUGAUGGAGUAAGACCUGACUUUGGGAGAUACAUUGAUGAAAUACCAAGAAGGACUUUGAAUGGUAACAUCUAUGGUGGCUGCUCAAACUAUUUGAACGAAGAACUUGAUAGAACAGCUCAAAGAGAAAGUUAUUAUUUUGAUAGAGUUAGGUCUGACUUUGGGAGUUACAUGGAUGAAAUACCAAGGAGGACCUUGAAUGGUAACAUCUAUGGUGGCUCCUCAAACUAUUUGAAAGAAGAACUUGGUAGAACAGCUCAAAGGGAAAGUUAUUAUUUUGAUAGAGCAAGGUCUGACUUUGGGAGAUACAUUGAUGAAAUACCAAGAAGGACUUUGAAUGGUAACAUCAACUAUUUGAAAGAAGCACUUGGUAGAACAGCUCAAAGGGAAAGUCAUUAUUUUGAUAGUGUAAGGUCUGAUUUUGAGAGGUACAUUUGUGAAUUGCCUAAGAGGACUUUUCAGAGUGAGUUUCACCAAAUGAGUAUUUUGAUGCCAGAGACUGAUCAUAUCUUGAAUGAAAAGUGUACUAGAGGAAUUCUUUAUUAG